AUCCCAGUUUCUUAUCCCCUUUUUUUACCAGAAUGCUCGUGGGAUAGCUCUUAACUCCGCCGGCGAACACUCUCCCUCUAGUACUCCGUCACCGAAUCUGGCCGGAGCAAUAAAAUGGUAACGUCUGCCAUCACCGGAACGUCAAUUAUUCCAGUCUCUUUCCGGCAGCAAACGUCUUCUUCGUCUUUGUUUUCUUCUAGCUUAAGGAAGCAGAUAGUUUCUGUUCUCCGAAGUCCGUAUUCUGAUUCAUCAGCUAUUGGAUUUUCUGGCAAGACUCUGAGAACCCCGUUAAAGCUCAAUGAGAACGAAUCCAGUGGUCUUACCAAUUCAAGCUAUGGUGUUAUCGAAGCAAAAAAGGGGAAUCCACCCAUCAUGCCUGCCGUGAUGACACCAGGGGGACCUUUGGAUCUCUCUACUGUGUUAUUCAGGAAUCGAAUUAUCUUCAUUGGACAACCAAUCAACUCCGCAGUUGCUCAGAGAGUUAUAUCACAACUUGUGACCCUCGCAACUAUCGAUGAAAAUGCAGAUAUUUUGAUCUAUCUUAACUGUCCUGGUGGAAGUACCUACUCUGUCUUGGCAAUAUAUGACUGCAUGUCAUGGAUAAAGCCUAAGGUUGGUACAGUAUGUUUCGGAGUAGCUGCAAGCCAAGGAGCACUUCUUCUUGCCGGUGGAGAAAAGGGCAUGAGGUAUGCAAUGCCAAAUGCACGCAUAAUGAUUCAUCAACCUCAAAGUGGUUGUGGAGGUCAUGUGGAAGAUGUGCGGCGCCAAGUGAACGAAGCGGUUCAAUCUCGUCAUAAAAUCGACAAGAUGUAUGUCGCCUUUACUGGCCAACCAAUUGAGAAGGUGCAACAGUACACUGAAAGGGAUCGUUUUUUGUCUGUCUCAGAGGCCAUGGAGUUUGGUCUCAUAGAUGGGGUGCUAGAAACAGAAUACUAGUUGCAAAUGAAUCUUUAGUAGUACAUGGUAGCUAGCUUUCCAAUGACGAAAAAGCUGGUGUUGCUCAUUAACCACUUCGAAGUACAAGAAGCUGGCUCUUGCAAAUUUGUAUCGUAGAAAUAUCUCAACUCUUCAAUCCAGGAAUGUCCAAAAGCCUAAUUCUGAAGACGGUUAUAGAAAGCGCUCUUGUUUUACUAUUUUUGUCUCUCCUGCAGAUACACUCAGCACUUUUGUGGGUAUUAAUCAGGGUCUUAAUUCAUCACUUAAUCACAAUCCAGUUGGAAGCGAAGUGAUCAAACACAAAGCAGAUUCAGGAAGAUGUGUAUUUUUCCCAAAUAUAUAUUACUCCAAUUGCUAUCA